AUGCAACCCCCCAAAUUCUUCAGAAAAAGCCAAGACUACGCCGGAAUCGAGCAAACAGACAACCUGCUGCCGACUGACGAGAAGACGCCUACGAACACCCGCCGUAGACUACCCUACAACAUUUUCUUCUAUACCUCCAUCGCACUUUUGAAUAUCGUCGUCGGCCUCUUGAUCGGCUACCUGGCCGCCAGCGAAGAGUCAGCGUCAAGCUCUGACUCCAUCUACCUCGAGGAGCCGGCCCGCUACGGUCUGCAAGACCCAGGCAUCCACGCCCCCUUCUUCAUCUUCUCCGAGCCGCCCGCCGCUGCCGCCGACGCCGCCAACGUCAACAACUUCUACGUCCUCAACAAUCUGCACCAGAUACACUGCGUUAACAUGAUCCGCAUGCGCUACAACUCGCUCGUCUAUCACCGCGAUGCGACGGACCCGCUGGCCAGGACGCCCAUCGACGAGGACUGGAUCAGGCAUCUAGAGCACUGUUUCGAGUACCUCAGGCUCAGCAUCACGUGUGCGGAUUACCUCACGUUUGAGAGCGACUCACCGCCGGGAAGUCCUGAGGAGUAUUGGAAGGACGGCCUAAGUUGGGGCGUCGUACAUUCGUGUGUUGAUUGGGAUGCUUUGAUGGGCUGGCAGAGGAGCCAGGUCGUCGCGUAUAAUGCAACCUGGAGCUGA